AUGAAGUCCUUCUCCCCCGUCGCUCUGGCCCUCAUGGCCGCCUUUGGCCUGGUCGCUGCCGACCCUUCUGCCACUGAGUGCGCUACCAUGUGUGUCUCCAACAUGAACAACAAGGCCUCCGAGCUCGGCUGCAAGGCGGGCGAUAUGGCCUGCCUUUGCAAGACCGACGACUACAAGUUCGGUAUCCGCGACUGCACCAAGGAGGCUUGCCCCAGCGAUAAUGCCGAGCAGGUUCUCGCUAUGGCCAUCGCCAAGUGCCCUGGCGGUACCGCCGGCUCUGACUCUACCAGCUCUGCCUCUACCUCUGUCUCCGGCUCCGGCUCCAGCUCCACUGCCUCGGGCGCUGGUAGUGAGUCCACCGGCUCCGUGACUGGCUCUUCCGGCUCCGGCUCCGUCACUGCCACUCUCACCAGCACUUCCGCCCUGACCAACUCUGAGGGUUCCACCACCGGCUCUACCAUGAUUACCUCCACCACCACCGGCUCCGCCACCGCCACUGUCACCAGCACUUCCGCCCUGACCAACUCUGAAGGUUCCACCACCGGUUCUACCAUGAUUACCUCCACUACCACCGGCGCCGGCUCCUCCUCCACUGGCUCCGGCAGUGACUCCAACUCCAGCUCCGACUCCGGCUCCAACAGCGAGACCUCCAGCUCUGCUUCCGGCUCCGCUGCCCCCAGCACCAGCGCCGGUGCUGCUCACCCCAUGGCCACCGUCGGCAGCGGCGCUCUGGGUGCCCUUGGCCUUGUUGCUCUCCUUGCCCUGUAA